AUGAGCAGCACGUCUCUGCGUCCGGCAGCCGUAAGUGGCCACGCCGUCAUCUCGGAGAGCACCGAUCGUCUGGCCAUUGGAUCUGUUGACGGCAGCGGCGAGCGGCGGAGCCACAACCUCCAAACAAAACAAGUGAACGAUGACGAUAAAGAUACACUAUCCCUCUCCAAUUUCCCCCUAAACCCAAACGAACCGGUGAAAAGCCGCUCAUCCACUCACAAAACCCAAGACGGCCGGCGCAGGUCAACCUCCGAACCCUCCGAUUUCUUCGAAUUCUUCACCGAUUUCAACUCUGAGCCGAUCUCCCACGCCGAUGACAUCAUCUUCCGCGGCAAGCUCGUCCCUUUCGGCAACCACCAAUUCCUCAAAUCCCUCUCCGCCCACGACGCCACUCGAUUUUCCGGUCGGCCGCCGUGGAUCACCGGAGAAAAAAAUGUCCGCCGCCGGCGGGAUUGUGUGAGGUCAGAAUCCGGCGAGAUUCGCCAGAGUUGCUCGGGGAAAUCGGAUGGGUCGUCAAGGGUGUCGAGGCCGAGGUGGUUCGUCUUGAUGUUUGGCCCUCCAAGACUGGCUGAACGGGAGAUGGAUAUCCGGGAGAUGAGGAGACGGUGGGGUCGACGGGCACCGGAGAGUAUGUUUCCGGUCCCGGCGGAGGGAAGGGGGAUUGGGACGGGGCGGAGGUGGUUUAAGGGUAUGGAUUUGGUGAGGAUGCUGAGUUGUAGGAGUCACGGGAGCGUGGUGGUCGCGGCCUCCAUUGGGGCGCUCCCGCCACGUUUCUAA